CUCUGGUGUGCAUCAGAGGAGUCAAAUUCCAGCAGACGUCACAGAAACUCCUUCACAACACGCCACAUAACGGGACAAAGUGCGGCUGUGAUCCGGCUCUCGUCUGCUUUCUGACAACCCUGUGCUGUGGCUUCAUUUUUCCAGAGGAUAACGGAAAUAAAACAAAGAACUUAGAAAUAUUUUCUCUGAAUUAAACAGAGGAGCACAAACGCACGCGAGCAUUCUUCGGGCUUCCCUCUCACAGGAAACUCGCCCUUUACGUCGCAGAGUUGGAUUUUUUUGUGCAUCUGUUUUAUUCAAACGUCGAUUAGGAUUACAUAUCCGACAACCCAGCUAUCUGCGGAGUGUUAAGUGUAAAGUGUAAACAAAAUUAAUAUUUGUGAAGGAAAGUGAACGGCGUUCGGUGCACCGGAGAAUGACACGCGCUGAGUUUGGCGUUUAACUGACCCCAACUAACUAUAUUUUUAGUGGAUUUACCGGUUUCAAACAGUCAUGAUGUUCGCAGGAAUGAUCAGGGUGGAAAACAACUCAAAAACACACAAAACUGACACCGACUCCACGUGUCACCGGUGUGCUGUGAGGACAGGUGCUGUGAGUCCGACGGCGGCAGCGGGAAGCUAUCGCUGGGGGAGCUUCAGACGCCCGGGAUACAUGUGCUCAGAGCCAUGUGGCUCGUCUACUAAUGAGAACACUCAAAAGAGCGCUUCGAAAUUACCCAGCAGCCCCAGUGAGCGAUGGCUUAAGGAGGUUUUCAAGAGAGACGACGGCCAGGAUUCUUCCGAAACUCACCGUUUGUGUGACGCCAAGGAAAAUUCCCCAAUGCCGUCGCGCAACGUUUUCAAUUCCAGCUUCAGUUUCAUUCAGCAGUCGCUAGAAACUAGCGAUCUAUUAGAUGUGAGCACAAACACAUCCGCCAGCACACAAUCUGAAGGGGACCGACUGAAGUCUGAAACGUCACACUCUGGUGCUUUAGAACCUCACACUGCUUUAGUAGUAAAUCACUUGAGCCAAUCAGAGAUCAGCACUGUUCCGAUUAGCCAAUCAGAACAUGAGGUUUUCUCAUUAAGCAAUUCACCUUGCUCCAUUGGUCAGCCAAAAAGUAUUUUAAUGGACCGAGAGCUGUGGCUAGCAGACCUGGAUGUACAGAUUUUGUCCUCCAUGACGUCUUAUGCGAAAGAAAGCAUCCAGGACUCUGACUCUGGCUCUCUGGACACUGAAGUCACGUCUUCGUUCUCGAUUGACUCGACAGAUUCGACCUCGGCCUCCUCGGUCACGUCCGGCUACGACAGCACCACCCCGUCCUCAGAUCAGAGUCGAGACGGUCUGAUAAAGAAGUACGAGGAUGUUCUGCAAGACUGUCUGCAGAACAAUCGCACAAACACCAAGAUCGAGUCCAUAAUGAUGAAGCUUCAGAGACUACAGCACAAAGCGGUUCUGGAUGAUGAUUAUGACACAGGUCAGACAUUCACAUGCUCAGUGCAAAAUGGUGAAUUGAGUGCCGAUCAGGGCUCAGGCAGCUCUCAGAGCCGGUUUCCAACACGAGAGAAACUGUUAGAGGAAAAACAAAGGAUUCAGAAGGAGAUGUGUGAUCUUCAGCGGAGGCUGCAGGAGCUGCGGGAGCAGAGCAGAGCUGUGGAGGAGCAUCUGGAGCCCGUCCUCAGAGCCUGUGAUCCGGCUCAGCUGCGGCUGAUGGCUCGAGCGCUGGAGGACAUGAUCAGCUCUGAACACCGGGCCCAGAUCAGUGUGUCUCCACCCGCAGAGAUCGUCAGACUUCAAGAGCAAGAGCGAGCACUGAGAUUAUCCACCAAAGAGGCAACGGCUAAAGUGGUGAUGAGUCAGAGACUGGGCUCUCGUCUGCGACGGAAGGUCAGCGAGAGUGAAACGCAGCUGCUGACCCUUCAUGAUGCGAAGCUCGCGGCCAUCUCAGGAAAUGACUUCAGCAGUGCGAAGGAACUGAAGGCAGAAAUCAGGAGCGCGUACGGCGAGAGAGAUCGUCUGGAGGGGCUGGAGAGGAAGCUGAAGACUCUGCGCACAUAUUUAGCAUCAACGCUCAGGCUAUCAUUAGCUCACAAUCUCUCUCAUCCCGGCACAAAGACGCAGACCAGCCGAGCUCUUUCCGCGUCUCCUCCUGUUGUUGGACGUGUAGGGAACCGAAUAAAUGACAGGCCAAAUCCCGCAAUCUCCAUCCUGCAUAUCCUCACGGGACGCCAGAGCCAAAGAUUGCUGCAUGAUCUACUGUCCAAAAAAACCCAAAGCAUGCAGCACUUCUUCACUAAGUGCCACUAUCACCAUCUGCUGCUGAAGAGACUUUCAUCUCUGCAGUAUGUUGUGAACAGCAUCUCACACCAUAAAGACGUUGACUCGCUCGUCUGUGGUUUGCUGGAGUGCAGUUUAAAGGAAAACACUCUGAAGUAUAUUGAGCUUCUGGAGGACAGACUUCACAGCUGUGGAAGUCCAGCACUGGAACACAUUUGGGAGGCUGAUUUGGAGGCUUGUCAUCUCCUCCUGAAAGGCCUCGAUCAGCGCACCUCCAGCAUCUCAGAAUCGGACGAUCUUCCCUCCAUCCCUGGAUCGGGUUCAGAUGUCCUGCCGGUCACUAAAGAGGAAGCGGACUGCGCCAUGUUGACCGCUCUAGGGGGGCGCUGGUGUCCCGAGGCCGACCUCCAACACUCAGAAUUCACUAAG